CACAAACUCAAGCCGAUCAUUUCUAAGGAAUAAUGAGGAUCAGUACGUGAGGUAGGUACCUACGUGAUCUUUCCAACAUUUCUCUGCAGUGCUUAAUUGACACAAGCGUCAUAUCUAAAUGAUGCUUCGCUUCUUAUCGAUUUUUGCAAUUUAUGGACUGCUAAUCAGCACCACUAAAGCCGAAAUUGGAUGCAGAGAUGAGAACAAUAAACUUGUUGAUUGGUACUAUCUGUACAAGCUACCGGAAACCAAUUCCCACGAUCCGGAGUCCGGUCUGUACUACAGUUUCAUCACUUCGGACAACGCGGACAACCCAGAAUGGAAGCGAUCCAAGCAUAAUGUGAAUCAACCUAAAAGUGUUCCUGGAAGAACGCUGGAACCGAUCCUCAAGGAUGCCGGUAAGCAACUUCUCUCGGUACUUUACAACGAUGAACCUCCCACGGGUAAAACCGAUGGUUAUCGAGGCCAUACUAAAGGCGUUGUGGCCACAGAUGGUAUAACUGGAUUUUGGUUGGUCCAUUCGGUUCCAAAAUACCCACCGGCACUUGGAGAAGCCUAUCAGUAUCCACACACCGGUCGCAUGUACGGUCAAAGUUUCCUGUGCAUAACUUUCAAUGCGAGUGAGAUGAAUCCCAUCGGUAUGCAGCUGAACAAAAACGAGCCGCACGUGUACUCGUCUGGGGUGCCAAAUGGUUUGAAGGCCCAAUUUCCAGAUCUGGUCGAGGCAAUCAGUAUGAAAAAUAGUACCGAAGCUCCCCACUGGAGCCAUGCCAAACUGAUCUCGAGAAAUGGCGUCGUUUUCCGAUCGUUUGCUAAAGAUCGCAACUUCAGGAAGGAACUGUACGCCGAUUUCAUAGCUCCAACACUGCAGGUGGCGCUGUUCGUGGAAUCGUGGCAACAUGGAACCGGAAAUCUACCGUCCAAUUGUAACAUCCCGGAGUUGGCUGUUCUGAACGUAAAAAGUGUAAAGGUGGGUGAUGCCGAAUUCACGACCCUGAAGGACCACUCCAAGUGGGCCGUUACUGGACCGGGAGAUUCGAGUUUCUGGAUCUGUGUGGGAGACAUCAACCGACAGGAGCACCAGAAGUUGCGAGGCGGGGGAAGUGUUUGUACCGAAUCCACCAGGCUGUCUAGCGUUUACUUCCGAUCUGUUGUGAAUGUUGAAGAGUGUCCUUUGGUUCGGAAUUAGUGUUUAAAAUUUUAUAACAGAUUUCACACAAACUAUGCUAAAUAUUAUGUUGUAAAAUGUUGUGAUGAUGAAGUCAAAAAUAAAUCAAAAGUUUAAUUUUAGUUGGAAUCAUCAUAAA